GACUGAUAGUUGGGGUGAUCUUGAGAUACGGGACUCCCUCUACCAGUGGCCAUGACAAGCCAUUCAGCUGCUCGCAGGAGGACAGGCCGUUUACCACCCUGCUGGUCAACGUCAGCGGGAAGUUCUUUGAGUAUACGCUCAAAGGGGAAAUAAGCCCUGGGAAGAUCCACAAUGUGGAGCAAAAUGACAUGUUGCGAAAGGUAACAUUUGAUCCAGAAGUUUUUUUCAACAUUCUGUUGCCUCCUAUUAUUUUUCAUGCUGGUUAUAGCCUGAAGAAAAGACACUUUUUCAGGAAUUUGGGGUCCAUUUUGGCUUAUGCAUUUUUAGGAACAGCAGUUUCCUGUUUUAUUAUUGGGAAUCUCAUGUAUGGGGUUGUGAAACUAAUGAAGUUGGUGGGUCAACUCUCUGAUAAAUUCUAUUAUACAGACUGCCUCCUCUUUGGAGCGAUAAUAUCUGCCACUGAUCCAGUUACUGUGCUAGCGAUAUUCAAUGAGCUACACGCCGAUGUCGAUCUCUAUGCCCUCUUGUUUGGAGAGAGUGUGUUGAAUGACGCUGUUGCCAUUGUAUUGUCUUCAUCGAUAGUUGCUUACCAGCCAACAGGUGAAAAUACCCAUGCUUUUGAUGCAGCAGCGUUUUUCAAGUCUGUUGGUGUUUUCCUGGGAAUAUUCAGUGGUUCUUUCAUGAUGGGAGCAGUGACGGGGGUUGUGACAGCUCUGGUGACAAAGUUUACCAAGUUGCACUGCUUCCCCCUGCUGGAAACGGCUCUCUUCUUCUUGAUGUCCUGGAGCACUUUCUUGCUCGCAGAAGCUUGUGGAUUUACCGGUGUGGUGGCUGUUCUCUUCUGUGGCAUUACUCAGGCGCAUUAUACAUACAAUAACUUGUCAGUUGAAUCAAGAAGCCGCACUAAGCAGCUCUUUGAAGUAUUGCACUUCCUGGCUGAGAACUUCAUAUUUUCUUAUAUGGGCUUGGCACUGUUUACUUUCCAGAAACACAUAUUCAGCCCAAUUUUCAUAAUUGGAGCUUUUAUUGCAAUCUUUUUGGGCAGAGCUGCACACAUCUACCCUCUCUCCUUCUUGUUGAAUCUGGGCAGAAGGCAUAAGAUUAGCUGGAACUUUCAGCACAUGAUGAUGUUCUCAGGUCUCAGGGGAGCCAUGGCGUUUGCUCUGGCUAUACGAGAUACUGCUACCUACUCACAUCAAAUGAUGUUCUCAACAACUCUCCUUAUUGUCUUUUUCACUGUGUGGAUUGUCGGUGGAGGUACAACUCCCAUGUUGUCGUGGCUGAACAUCAGAGUUGGUGACCAUGUUCCAUCGGUGGAAGAGAUGAGUGAAAGCCGCUGGCUGUAUUUCAGAGUUGGAGUUGACCCAGAUCAGGAUCCUCCACCUACUAAUGACAGCUUUCAAGUCUUACAAGGA